UCCCUAGACUGGAGUAGAUUUCUUUAUGAAGACUGCAUAGGACACUGGUUGGGCUCUGGCUUUGGAUUCCAUCCGAAUCCCCGUGUUAUGAUCCAGAUGUGCAACUGGAGGCGGUCACUUCACCUUCAAGGUUCGCAGCAGCCGCCGGGGUCUCCGCUGUCUCGCGAGGAGGGUGAAGCGCCCCCGCCUGCUCCCGCUCCUGAGGGCCGGCGGAGAAGUCGCCGGGUACGCCUUCGCGGAUCCUGCCGUCACCGACCCAGCUUUCUGGGCCGCCGGGAGCUUGGCACGAGCGCCCCAGCCAGGACUGCGUCGGUAUCCUCCGAGAUAAUGGCAUCAGCUGCUAAGGAAUUUAAAAUGGACAACUUUUCACCUAAAGCUGGUACUAGCAAAUUGCAACAGACAGUACCAGCUGAUGCAUCUCCUGAUUCUAAGUGUCCUAUAUGUUUGGAUAGGUUUGAUAAUGUGUCUUACUUAGAUCGCUGUUUACAUAAGUUCUGUUUUCGCUGUGUACAGGAGUGGUCAAAAAACAAAGCCGAAUGUCCACUGUGUAAACAGCCCUUUGAUUCUAUUUUCCAUUCUGUGAGGGCAGAAGAUGACUUCAAGGAGUAUGUCCUAAGGCCUUCAUAUAAUGGUUCUUUUGCAACCCCUGAUGUUCCAAGAUUUCGCUAUCGUACAACUAUGACAAGGGAUCGAAGUGCUUCUGUUUAUUCACCUAAUAAUACCAUGAAUAGAAGAACAACAACUCCACCAGAUAGUGGAGUACUAUUUGAAGGGUUAGGCAUUUCAACAAGACCUAGAAAUGGUGAAGUUCCUCAACUUAUGAGACAGAUUGCAAUUAGGAGGCCAAAUGCAGAUGAAAGAUCUUUGCGGAAAAUUCAGGAACAGGAUAUUAUUAAUUUUAGACGAACUCUCUACCGUGCUGGUGCCCGUGUUAGAAAUAUUGAAGAUGGUGGUCGCUGCAGGGAUAUUUCUGCUGAAUUUUUCCGUAGAAAUCCAGCUUGCCUUCACAGAUUAGUUCCCUGGUUAAAACGUGAACUUACGGUUCUUUUUGGAGCUCACGGAUCUUUAGUGAAUAUUGUCCAGCACAUCAUCAUGAGUAAUGUCACUCGCUAUGACUUGGAGAGUCGGGAAUUUGUGUCUGACUUAAGACCAUUCCUGCUUAAUCGGACUGAGCAUUUUAUACAUGAAUUUAUCAGUUUUGCUCGAUCUCCUUUUAACAUGGCAGCUUUUGACCAGCAUGCUAAUUAUGAUUGCCCUGCUCCUUCAUAUGAAGAAGGUAGCCAUUCUGAUUCUUCAGUCAUAACAAUAUCUCCUGAUGAAGCUGAGACUCAGGAGUUGGAUAUCAAUGUAACCACUGUUAGUCAGGCACCGUGGGAUGAUGAAACUCCAGGACCAUCUUACUCAAGCUCAGAGCAGGUGCAUGCUGCCAUGUCUUCCCUUUUAAAUACUUCUGAUAGUUCAGAUGAAGAACUUGUAACAGGAAGAGCCACAUCUCAGAUACAAGGAGUACAAACUAAUGAAGACCUAAAUAAUGACAGUGAUUCUUCUUCAGAUAAUUGUGUCAUUGUUGGGUUUGUUAAACCACUAGCUGAGAGGACCCCAGAACUUGUUGAACUGUCCUCUGAUUCUGAGGAGUUAGGGUCUUACGAAAAAAUGGAGACUGUGAAGACACAAGAACAGUCUUACAGUUCUGGUGAUAGUGAUGUUAGUAGAUGUUCAUCUCCACGCUCUGUCCUUGGAAAGGAUGAGCAAAUAAAUAAAGAUCAUUGUGGUUCUGGUAAAAGAAUCAAGUCAAAGAAGGAAGAGAAACACUCUACAUCCUUGUCAUCUCCCAGAGACCUGAGCUCAUCUGUCAGAGGAGACAGAGUAUAUUCCCCAUAUAACCGUAGACACAGGAGGAGGGGAAGAUCAAGAAGUUCAGAUUCACGUUCCCAGAGCAGAAGUGGGCAUGACCAGAAAAAUCGUAGAAAGCAUCAUGGGAAGAAAAGGAUGAAAAACAAAAGAUCCAGAAGCAGGGAGAGUAGCAGACCUAGAGGUAGAAGAGACAAAAAGAGAUCAAGAACUAGAGAUAGCAGUUGGUCACGAAGAAGCCAAACUCUCUCUCUCAGUAGUGAGAGCACAAGCAGAUCAAGAUCUCGUAGCAGUGAUCAUGGUAAAAGAAGAUCACGGAGCAGAAAUAGAGAUCGUUACUAUUUAAGAAAUAAUUAUGGAAGCAGAUACAAGUGGGAGUAUACUUACUAUAGUAGAAACAAGGACAGGGAUGGCUAUGAAUCAUCUUACAGGAGGAGGACUCUGUCCAGAGCUCAUUAUUCCAGACAAUCUUCAAGUCCAGAAUUUAGAAUUCAGUCCUUUUCUGAAAGGACAAAUGCUAGGAAAAAAAAUAAUCACAGUGAAAGGAAGUAUUACUACUAUGAAAGGCAUAGAUCAAGGAGCCUAUCCAGUAAUAGAUCAAAGACUGCAUCUACAGGGCCUGACUGGGUAAGAAAUGAAAAGCCUGGAGGGAAACGAAAAUACAAGACACGGCAUUUGGAGGGUACUAAUGAAGUGGCUCAACCUUCUCGUGAAUUUGCUUCUAAAGUAAAGGAAAGUCAUUACCAAAAAUCCUCAUCAAAAUUUGAUGGCAGCCACAAAAAUGAGAGUGACAGCUUUUCAGACAGCCGGUCAUCAGACAGAGAGACAAAACAUAAGAGGAAAAAAAGGAGGACCCGGAGCCUAAGUGUAGAGAUAGUUUAUGAAGGGAAAGCUACUGAUUCAACUAGACAUCAUAAAAAGAAAAAGAAGAAGCACAAGAAGAAGCAUAAGAAACAUCACGGGGACAAUCCUUCACGUUCGCCAGUUGUAAUUACCAUUGACAGUGAUAGUGAUAAGGAUUCUGAAGUAAAGGAGGAUACAGAAUGUGACAAUGGUGGUCCUCAGGACUGUCUACAAAAUGAGUUUCUGCCUCCUCCCUUGGAACCAUUUGAAGCUAAAGAUGUAGUUACAAUAGAAGAUGAAUUUGGCAUCCUGGACAAGGAGUGUAAUAUUACCAUGCUUAAUAGCGACUUGAAUAAUGCCAACAAAACUGUGGAUAAUAUUCCACACCAGCCAGCUUCAGUUGAACAAACUCUUGAUGUAAGAGAAGAGAGUACUUUUGCCUCUGAUUUGGAGAGUCAGCCCAGUAACGUGUCUAUUCAAACUGAGCCAUCAAGGCAGUUGCCAUCUCCACGGACAUCAUUAAUGUCAGUGUCAUUUGGUAGAGACCAUGAUAUGUCUUAAAACUCUGCCAAAGCAUCUCAUUGAGAAUUCUGAUGGUAUUAAAAAACAAAAAAAGGAACAGUGUCAUCUACUGCAGUCUAUUUAAAGAUGACUUUUGGUGAAAACUCUUUUCCCCCUUAAAAAUAUUUUAAGUAAUUUUUUUUUGUGUGUGUGUGUUAAAAAUUUGUAAAAAUCAUUAUUUGUUCAAAAAGUAUGUAUGUCCCACCCUCAGAGAUAUGCACUUUUAAGUGAGGAAAAUGAUAUUGCUAGCGGUUUAUUUAAAACUUGGGGUCCUUUUUAAAUAAAAAAAUAUAAAUUUUAGAAGUUAUUUCAUAAAGCCAUAUGGUAUUGACCUAUUUUUAAAGUAGUCAAUGAGUAUUUUUGAAUUUUUUUUUGAGAGUUAUUCUGGAAAUGUGUUAUAAGCUAGGAGAAUCCCUUUGGACAGUCUUUAUUUUUCUUCUUAAAAAUUUGUAUGAUUCAAAACCAUUUCUUCAGGUUAAAUUGAGGCAUUUUAAUCUGCACAGUUUAUCUUGACAUCUGCCAAAAGCAAAAUUUAAAUAUUUCAUUUAUAUACUUGUUCAUCUGGACUGCCAGUGAAAGAAAUGUGUAUUCAACAAAAUAAAAAAUAAAAUAGUAAUACUUUAAAACAUGAA